CUGAGAACCAUGUCUGUGCCCAAGGGUAAAGUUCUGGAUAAAAACCUGGAUGAGGAAGGACUUGAGAGUGGAGACUGUGGCGAUGAUGAGGACGAGUGCAUUGGGAGCUCUGGGGACGGAAUGAUGAAAGUGAAGAACCAACUGCGCUUCCUUGCAGAGCUGGCGUAUGAUCUGGAUGUGGACGAUACUCCAGGGAACAAGGACCAUGUAGAUCAGAAGGACAACGAGAUUAUCACCUCUCACAGCGUGGGGAAUAUGCUGUCCCCACUGAAAAUUCUGAUCAGUGUGGCCGUUUACGCGGCAUCGUUUUUUUUCCUGGUGCACUGA